AUGACCAAGUUGGUCGUAGUCGUUCUACCUCUUAUCUGCUCGUUACUUGUUAUAUUCCAAGGAUGUGCGUCAACUCGGUCCAACUUCGUACCGGUUACUCCUGACACUUCCUCUCCAAAUCAUAUUACCACUACGGCAAGUCCAUGGAGUGCUACUCCUGGUGAGACUACGACUACAUCGCCGGGCUCUCCUAGUGAUGAUACCAGCAGUA